UAGGAGGAAGAGUGGGUCUCUCCUCUCUCUCGCGUGGGAGAGCUCUUCGCCUUGCCUUGGCGCAGCACCACUGGCUGGGGCCAGCACGCCACUUCCGGGAUCCGUCAUUGCGCUCGCCCACCGCUCGGUGCGCUCGGCGCGCUCACUCAGUGUGUUCGGAGGACGCGAGCCGGCCGCCAAGCUGACAACACUCGCUGACACUCAUUCACUCACCAGCCAGCUACCAAGCCAGACAGCACCAACCAAGCAAGCGACGGACCCGGACAGACAUUUCUUUUGAAUUUUCUUUCCCCGUUUUUUUUUUUUUGUUUUUUUUUACCCUCCUCCCACGCCGUCCGCUUGUGCAAAAAGUCCACACUGGGGCGAAGCAGACAUUUAAAGGAGACAGAGCGAAGAGGACUUACGGGGGGAGGACACCGAACUAACGCGCACGGCACCCGAAAAAAAAACAAGAAGGGAGAGGGUGAGCGAGGGAGAGAGAGAGAGAGAGAGAGAGAGAAAACUUGAACAUCAUCGCCGAGCGUCAUUCAUUCAUUACCUUGACAACCUCUGGCUUUGAUUGACAGCCGGAGUGGCAAAAAGCCAUGAUAGAAGCGACAGUUGACUUUACGCGCCGCUCGUUGAUGGGCCAAUUGUAAACCUUCCAACGUAUUUUUGGACACUUUUGAAAAAUUUUGAAUAUUUUCCUUGGGAGGACAAUCGGAUGCGACGAUUUCGGCGCAACCGCUCCGGCGAAUAGGACAAUUCGCCCAAACAAAACAAAAAGUUAGUCGAAAAAAGGAGGAGGCAAGAGAGAGCUGGGAUUUUUUUUUUCCACGCGGACGAGAGGGAUACUAAAUAUUGCACACAGCAAAAAAAUAAAAAAUAAAUCAGUACGGCAUAUUAGGGAGUUUAUCGGAGCCUGAUGGCGCAAAGGUACGACGAGCUGGCCCACUACGGGGGCAUGGACGGCGUAUCGGCGUCCAUGUACGGGGACCCGCACGCACCCCGGCCGCUCCCGCAGGUCCACCACCUCAACCACGGACCGCCGCUACACGCCAGCCAGCACUACGGAGCCCACGCUCCCCACCCCAACGUCAUGCCCACCAGCAUGGGCUCGGCCGUCAACGACGUCCUAAAGAGGGAUAAGGACCAGAUUUAUGGGCAUCCCCUCUUCCCGUUGCUGGCUCUGGUUUUCGAGAAAUGCGAACUGGCGACGUGCACGCCGAGGGAACCCGGCGUGGCCGGGGGAGACGUGUGCUCCUCGGACUCCUUCAACGAGGACAUCGCGGUGUUCGCCAAGCAGGUCCGAGCAGAAAAACCUUUAUUUUCAUCGAAUCCAGAGUUGGACAAUUUGAUGAUACAAGCCAUACAAGUAUUACGGUUUCACCUCUUGGAAUUAGAAAAGGUUCACGAGCUUUGUGACAAUUUCUGCCAUCGGUACAUCAGCUGUUUGAAAGGAAAAAUGCCAAUAGAUUUAGUGAUUGACGAGCGGGAUGGAAGUUCCAAAUCGGACCACGAAGAGCUGUCCGGCUCGUCGACGAACCUCGCUGAUCAUAAUCCGGCAUCCUGGAGAGACCACGACGACGCCACGUCCACGCACUCAGCCGGUACGCCGGGGCCCUCCAGCGGGGGCCAUGCGUCGCAAAGCGGCGACAACAGCAGCGAGCAAGGCUUUAUUUUCCGCCCAGGAGAUGGUUUAGACAACAGCGUGGCAUCGCCCGGCACAGGCGACGACGACGACCCGGACAAAGAUAAGAAGAGGCAGAAGAAACGCGGCAUUUUUCCCAAGGUGGCCACCAACAUCAUGAGGGCGUGGCUAUUUCAGCAUCUCACACACCCGUACCCGUCUGAAGAGCAGAAGAAGCAGCUAGCCCAAGACACGGGCCUCACCAUCUUACAAGUUAACAACUGGUUCAUUAAUGCCAGGAGAAGAAUAGUACAGCCCAUGAUUGACCAGUCGAAUCGAGCAGGUUUUCUUCUUGAUCCUUCAGUGAGCCAAGGAGCAGCGUACAGUCCAGAGGGCCAGCCCAUGGGCAGCUUCGUGCUGGACGGGCAGCAGCACAUGGGGAUCCGACCGGGCGGGCCUAUGAGUGGAAUGGGGAUGAAUAUGGGCAUGGAUGGGCAAUGGCACUACAUGUAACCUCCAUCUUGUAAAGCAAAAACGCAAAGAAAAAGGGGCAAGUCUGCCAGGCGUGCCGGCCGACUACGUACCUCAGAGCGGUCCUAUGGGCGUGAGCAUGGCCCCGGCCCCUUACAGCAACCCCCGUCAGAUGACCUCCUACCCCGGCCAGCUGCGUCACGUGCCCCCUCCUCUCCACUCGUACCCCGUCCACCCUCACCACCACCACCACGCCAUGCCGAUGCACGGAGGACCCUCCUCGUCUUUGUCCCCCCCGGGGAUGUCUGCGCAGAGACCGCCCUUGCUCACACCCAUGGACCCCGCCACUGCAGGAGCGGGCCUGGACAUCCACGCCUGACAAGUCAGAAGGGAAACUUUUUCGGGCAAAUGCCGCGGCCACUUUGGAAUUCAAGAAGAGAAGGAAAAAAAAAAGCAGCGAGCGGCGCCAUUUUUUGAGAGAAAAUUUUUUAAGAGUAACAAUCGAAAAAGCCUUUGGAGCUGAACUGAAGAAUUCCAGACAAACUGUGACAACCACAACUCUUUUUUUCUUUUCUUUUCUAAUGUUUGUUACAUUUUCACCCAAGCGGAGGACCAAGCUGACUUUGUAAAGUCUUGGGCUUUAAAAAAAAAACUGAAAAACAACUCAAAACACUCUUUUCAUGUGGCGCUUCUGAAAAAAAAAAGGCAGCGAGAAAGAACCAUCAUUCUGGAAGACUUUUAAAAAUGAAAAAACAAACUCCAAGAGUUAUAACUACUGUAGUAAAAUUAAAAAAAAUAUAUCGGUAAAUAAGUUAAAACUUUUUUGCUUUGGAUCACGGUUUAAUUUUUUUUUUUUAGGGUUUCUUUUUUUAAUUUUUUUUUAAGAUUUAACCCUUUUCGGAGGACUCGCAGCACAGCACUAUGUCAACAAAGAAGAAGGUGGAACAUCUCAAAAGGCUUCAACAGGGGCCACCAGGUCCUAAGUACCCCGCCACCCCCACCCUACAACCCACCCUCAAGGCAUGAUGGGAAAAGGCUGCUUGACGACAGCCUUGAAGAUUUGUCAUGCCUUUUUAUUUUUAAACUCUAAAGGCUCUUGAAUGAAUGUUUUUAAAGAAAAAAAAACAUUGUUUAAAAUUGCCCAAGCACUGGAUUGUGUUGGUUUUAUACUUUUUUUUUUUUUUUCUACUGCGGGACUCUCAUCCUUAAAGAGCCGAGUGAAGGAAGAAGCUCCACGGUGUAGAGGGGGAGGAAAAGAGAAAACACACACACACAUACGGACACACAUGUUGAUUGUGCAGCACUGGAGAGAAGCUAUCGAUGCACCAAAAAAAAAAAAAAAGAAGAAAAAAAAAACACUUAAAUUAUGAACUCAAUGUUUUUUGGGGGGUUGAAACAACACUUACACACACACACACACACACACACACACACACACACACACACACACACAGACACACAGGCAUAAAUUUAAAAAAAUAGAAAAGCUGAGAGACUAUUGUAACAAACUUCGUACAGAGUUCAAGUCUAUUAAUUGUUUCCUGUUAGAUAUUCUAUGUGUUUACCUCAAUUGAAAAAGAAUGUUUUUUUGCUAGUUUCAGAUCUGCUGUGGCAUUGAUAUUGUAUAUGUCCAUGAAUUCCUUCCUCUUCUGUUUAUUUGGUUUGUUUUCAUUUUGUUUUGUUUUCUCAGCACGUGUUCCUCACUAGAAGAUAAGAUGCCGUCUCCCUUCAAAGCUUUGUCAAAAACGUAAAAAAACAAACAAACAAACAAAAGGUAACAAAAAAAAAGAGAGAAAAAAAUAACAAAAAAAUACUUGUAUGAGGACUGUGACGUAUUGUUUUAAAAGGUGUUCAGUCACAAAAUGCUGUAAUAAAUAUUUCAUUUUUGA